CCCAUGGACGGAAUGGCAGUAGUAGUCUUGACCUUAUUCAUCAAUUCACGGAUGGUCAAGGAUGGAGGAGAAUGGCCAGGUGAGUCUACAGUACGAUCUGACAUUCUUAUGCCGAUAGAAAUGAUCUUCACUGUUGAUCAGAGGGUUCGGGAUGAUAUACAUCAUGCUACUGACACUUAUCACAAACUGGCUUCCAACUAUGAAGUAGUGUAUAGUACUUACAAACUUUUUGGCAAAGACUUCAUGAAGGAACACAAGAUGCAUCCAGAUGCAACAAUACAGCUAGCUCUCCAGCUAGCCUACUAUACAGCGUUCGAUAAACCUGGUGCAGCAUAUGAAACAGCAACAACUCGUCAAUUCUACCAUGGACGAACAGACACAAUGAGAUCUUGUUCCAUGGAAGCUAUUGAUUGGUGUAAAGCUAUGCUGGACAGUCAGGCAGAUCCCACACACCAGCGAUCUCUACUGAGGAAAGCCCAUGACAAGCAUCUCACCCUGAUGGCCGAAGCUGCCAGUGGUCAAGGCAUUGACCGCCAUCUUCUUGGCCUCUACAUCCUGUCUCAAGAAAUGGGAUUGCCCAUACCAGACCUGUUCAUGGAUAAGGCUUUCGUUCUCAGUGGAGGAGGGGGUAACUUUCCGCUGUCUACCAGUACAUUAGGCUACACACCAGGGGUUGCAGCCAUGUCCCCUAUGAGACAGGAUGGGUACAUGUGCUGCUAUACCAUUGGCAAAGAGCAGCUCGAGUUCACUGUGAGUUCCUUCAAGAGCUGUGCUGAGACCAAUCCUAACCUAUUCUUCCGCCAAAUCACCCUCGCCCUCAACAAAAUGGCGAACCUACUCCUAUCUGCCAAACUUUAAAAUCAACAGAAAUAUUUGACAUCAGAAUUGAAAUUCCUAAUGUCUUAUGAUUAUUGUACUGUUAUAUAAUUAUCUUAAGUUGAUUGCGCAGAUUGUUGGUUGGAGAUGAACUAAAAUAAUUUAAUUUCAUGACAUCAAAUUCAGAAAGAAUUAUGAUAGCCAUCCGUUGCACGAACACACAUGCAUAGUCACACACGCGUGCACAAAAUAAAAAUGGAAAUUCCCAUAAAACUUGCGAUGAAGAAACAAAAUUUCCAGUGUGCUUUUUAUAAAUCAAAGUGAUUUAUCCGAUAUGCCCUUGAACAAAAUUAAUUUUCUUGUAUUGUUAUGUUAUUAUUCGUUGGUAUCUUGGCAAUAAUUACCGGUAUUGCAGGAAAAGAAUCUUUUGUUAUAGAGCUGACAACUACAGACCUUUCAUGGUUAUGAAAUAAUAUAUGUAAUCUUUAAUAAUAUAGAUUACAUAUAUUAAUAAUAUAUGUAAUUGAAUUGAAUUGAAUGUUUCUAUGCUGUGGUGUGGUAAUUCAUUUAUUUGACUUUCAGUCGAGUGUUUAAGGGUUCCAGCCAAAGUCUUUUGGAAGGCAUUAAUCUUAAUUUGCCACUCUCCACCCAGGCGUAGGGUAAAGGCAACAUGGUAGGAACAACAAAUCACUGACAUCCCAAGAGCCUUGGUGUAAAAGCGUGGCUAAAUUUACUACUUUAGUUAGGGUUAUAAAUAAAGCUGGUCUAUGAUGGAUUUUUCUUUUUUGAAUGCAAUGUGAACAUUUAAAUGUGCUUUGUUUUACUUUAAAUAUUAUAGCUUUCAUCAAGAAUACGUCAUGUAUUAAAAGCGGUUGGCAGCUGGAAAUAUAAUUGAUCAAUUUUGUUUAUAUUUUGAAAUUGAAAAGGCUUUAAUGGAAAUAUUCCAUCCUGUUUUCCCGAAUUCAUGGAUUGACAGUUCGCUGACUUACACUAGUUUAUCUUCUUUUACAUACUACGGAAAGUCAAUCUAAUUGCUGAAUACCAAAUCAUAUUCGUUGUGAUCAUUAUUUUUCGCUCACGGUUGAUCAUAAUUUCACUCGUAUACUAGGUCCAUAAUUUUUUCCUAAUAUAUAGUAAACUAUACCCCAGAUUCCAUACGCAAGAUUAUGAAUAUCUUCAAUGUAUUAUGAUGUAUAUCUUGUUUAUCUUCUUUUGAUAUUUGUUUAAGGAAAGUAAAUCUAAUUGCUAAAGAUCAAAUGGUAUUCGUUGUGAUCAUUUUCGCUCAAGGUUGAUCAUAUUUCACUCGUAUUCUAGGUCCAUAAAUUAUUCCUAAUAUAUAGUGAACUACCCCAGAUUCCAU